AUGGCCGGCGAUAGCCAGAUCCGCAUCGGAAUAUUGAGCUGCUCAAACAUCGUCCGAAAAGUCUCUCGAGCCAUCAAUCUAGCUCCAAACGCUACUAUCGCAGCUAUAGCCAGCAUUAACAACUCCAUCGAAGAAACGAAAUCGUUCGCCGCAUCUAACAAUUUCCCUCCGACGGCGAAGAUCCAUAGCUCUUACGAGUCGCUUCUAGAAGAUCCCGAUCUCGACGCCGUCUACUUCCCUAUCCCCGCCAGCCUCCACGUCGAGUGGGCCGUACGCGCCGCCCAGAACGGCAAACACAUCCUGCUUGAUAAACCCGUCGCUCUCAACGUAUCCGAGUUCGAUCAGAUCGUCGAGGCUUGUGAGGCUAAUCGGAUUCAGUUUAUGGAUGGGACUCAGUGGAUGCACAAUCCUCGAACGGCCGAGAUUAAGGAGUUUGUCAACGAUCCAGUGAGCUUUGGCCACCUCAAAACCGUGCAUAGUUGUUUCUCAUUUGCAGCGAACGAGAACUUCCUUAAAAACGACGUUCGUGUAAAGCCUGGACUCGACGGACUUGGAGCCCUCGGCGAUGCAGGAUGGUACACAAUCCAAGCGGCUCUUCUCGCCAACAACUUCAAACUUCCGAAAACCGUCACGGCCUUGCCUGGUUCGAUCCUAAACGACGCAGGAAUCGUUCUCUCUUGCGGUGCAUUGCUCGAGUGGGAAGAAGAAGGGAUAACCGGAACAAUCUACUGCUCUUUCUUGGCGAAUCUAACAAUGGAGAUAACCGCGAUCGGUACGAAUGGUACUCUCCGUGUGCACGACUUUGUUAUCCCGUUUCAAGAAACAGAGUCGUCGUUUACUACGACAAGCAGUAGGGCGUGUUAUAAAGAGCACAGAGUUGUGAAUGAGCUUCCACAAGAGGCUUGUAUGGUGACUGAGUUUGCUCGGUUAGUUGGAGAAAUUAAAAGCAGAGGAGCUAAACCGGAUGGUUUUUGGUUAAGCGUUAGCCGGAAAACACAGCUUCUUGUUGAUGCUGUGAAAGAAUCGAUUGAUAAUAACCUUGAACCGGUUUCUCUCUCAGACCGGUGA